CGGAUAUUUGUCGCAUGUUGAAACGUCAUCACAUAGCGACAAUAUUUUCAUUCCCUUUCACAGGCUGUUGAUAAUAAAGUUCAGCAUUUGUUUUUUUAAUUUCAGAAUGUACUUCGGAGAAUCUUGCCACCUAUAAUUUUCUUAAAGGAUUGUUGUCUUUAUCUACAAAAUAAAAUUUCCGGGAAGUCAGUUCCUUUUGUAACGCGGCGUCGUAUGUGAAAAUAAAUUACCGGUAUGCCCAAACUCCUGAAUUUAAAGUUUCCAGGAGGAUGUAAGACUCUUCCCGAAGGCUUUUGGUCAGCCGUAGACGUGUGGGUAAAGAAACCUCAUGUUGUGAACAAGCGUCUUUGCGGAGUCAAGGAGACAGAAAGUGAAAAUGUGGGCAGAGAGGCUCUGCAGUUCCUGCUCGACGAUCCUGAAGUCUCUCAUGAGGUUUUGUCCUUCCUCUCCAGCGGGGUUUCUGAACAGACGCACCAGCCCUGGUCUUUUAGUGUGAGAACAAUUAUCCCAAAAGUAAACUGUCAUGGUACAAAGCUCCAUAAAGAGAUUAUACUCAAAGAUUUUGACAGACAACAAGUGACCUUUCUUCCAUUUGAAGAAGAUUCAGAAGGGCAGGUGUGCCUAAAGAGAGGCAACAUUUAUCAGAUUCGGCUUCUCCAUCAGGACUGUGAGGAAUGGGCCUUGGAGCUGCAUGCUUUAACUCCAGAUGCUUGGUUCUCUGAUGGCGUGGCGUAUCCAAAGCUGCCCUGGCUGUCCACUGAUCUGCUGCCUAAACUGGUGCGCUGGGCCACCGAGUGCAAAAACAGCGAGUUCAAGAACACCUUAUCUCUGCUGCCGGUGGAGAAGUACAGCCUCAUGUACCAGCAGCUGAAGGAGAAGUACAAGGCCAUGGUCAAGGUUUGGCCCGAAGUCACAGAUCCUGAGAAGUUUGUCUAUGAAGAUGUCGCCAUUGCUACCUAUCUCCUUGUGCUGUGGGCUGAGGAGCGAGCAGAGAAGAGUCUGACUUCCAGCCAAUCCUUUGUGGACCUGGGCUGUGGAAACGGCCUACUGGUUCACAUACUGACCAAUGAAGGGCAUCCUGGAAAGGGCAUUGAUGUCCGGAAGAGGAAGAUCUGGGACAUGUACGGCCCCCAGACUCUGCUAGAGGAAAAGGCAAUUACUCCCAGCGAGAGCUUCUUAUUUUCGGGUACGGACUGGCUGAUUGGGAACCACUCAGACGAGCUCACACCGUGGAUCCCUGUUAUAGCAGCCAGGUCUUCUUACUCCUGUCGGUACUUCGUCCUGCCCUGCUGUUUCUUUGACUUCUAUGGAAAAUACCAGAGACGCCAGUGUAAGAAGUCUCAGUAUAAGGAAUACAUUGACUUCAUCAGUGAGGUUAGCCAAGUCAGUGGCUUCAACGCUGAAGAGGACUGCCUGAGAAUACCAUCCACUAAACGGGUGUGUCUGGUGGGAAAGUCGAGAAACUAUCAGCUGCCCGAUGAGGCCGAGGCCGAGCGACGAAGAGCUCAUUACAUCGAGAGCCGCCAGAUUGCCUCCAGGGUCACAGUUCACGGGUCAGACAUGAGAAAUGACAGGCGCUGUUGCCAUGGGAACAAAGACACUGACAGGACCCCCGGGAGCAGCUGGGGAGAAGGGUUCCAGCCCAGAGACAGGGUUGAGUUGGUUCGAAACUGCGCUGCUCUCCCGAGGGACUUUGUUGACGGCGUUGUCCUACGGGUUGCUAAUGUUCUUCUGGGAAUGACUGAGGAUGACGGCGGGGGGUCGUCCAGUGACUGGAACCGAGGAGGCAGCCUCUCUGUGAGCGAGGUCGCUGGGUUGUUGGAGCAGGAAACCCUGCGGCUCUUGAAGAAGGAGUGUGGAGGUCUUCAGACUCUGCUCAAGAACAACCACCAAGUCUUCAGAGUGGAAGGAGGGAGGGUGUGCAUAAGAGACUGGCGGGACAGGAAGUCCUCUCGGGCGGAUACCAAGAGGAAGCCCGUUGCCCCCGGUGCUCUGAAAACUCGUCCCUGCUGGUUUCAUGACCACCACCCUCAGCGCUGCCCCCUGCAGGACGAACUCUGUGCCUUCGCCCAUGGACCUGACGACCUCCGACCCUCAACCAGACCUCUGAAGAAGAUAAAAAACGAUGCCUUUGAAUUGGCCCAUCCCUCCCCUUCACUUUAGUUGAUUUAUUAAGUUGAUUACAAACUGCUUUUGUAAUUGAGAGCACUCACUCUGUCAACCAGUGCUUGAAGCUGCUGUGUAAAAUCCUCACAUUCAGUCCUGCAGCCACAAAGAGUAAGAAGUUCAGGUCCAAGCAGUGUGUGUUAUAUUUAUGCAACGUUACAUCAUUUCCAGGAAAUCUUGUUCACAGUAUCCUCUUUUAUCUGCGAGAUGCUUCCUGGUGCAGCUUGAGAUUUCACUGAAGGAGUUGUAUCGCCUGCUGACAUUUAAUUUAAAUUGAUUAUUUUUUCUUUCUUUUUAUUUAUUUGAAAAGUGGACUUUUGUAAAGCUCAGAGAAUUUUAUACUUACUGUAUAUUAAAUUGUAUUUCAAGCUGCCACUUUUUCUUUAUAAAGAUUAUCAAAUCUA